GAGUCGGGGGCGGGGCGGAGUGGGCGUGGCCCUGGCUCCGCUCGCCUCCGGCUGCUUGUUAGCGACCCGGAGACUCAGCUAUUUCACGCAAACGACCUCGCCUGGAAGGAGCUGCAGUACGACGUUGCGAUGGAAGGAGCCGCAGUACGCCUACUGCGCGGCAGCGCGCUGGUAAGAAGAAACUUCCUAACUUGCCUGUCUUCUUGGAAAACGCCUCCUCGUGUUCUAAAAUCUUCCCAGCCAGAAACGCAACUCAAUAUAUCAAGUGAUAGGCUAUCCUGUGCCCCUCUGCAGACAUUUACAGAUGAGGAGAUGAUGAUGAAGAGCACAGUUAAAAAAUUUGCCCAGGAACAGAUUGCUCCUUUGGUUUCAACAAUGGAUGAAAAUUCAAAAAUGGAGACAUCAAUAAUACAAGGAUUAUUUCAAAAUGGGGUAGGAAGUUUCUGCCUUUCAGAGGCUGGAGCAGGUAGCGAUCCAUUUGCUUUGAAGACCAGAGCUGAUAAAAAGGGAAAUUAUUAUGUCAUCAAUGGGUCGAAGAUGUGGGUCAGCAAUGCGGAGUAUGCAGGGAUCUUCCUGGUGAUGGCUAAUGUGGACCCCACCAGGGGGUAUAAAGGAAUCACCUGCUUCAUAGUAGAUCGCGAUACUGAAGGUCUGCACAUAGGGAGAGCAGAGAACAAAAUGGGGAUCAGAGCUUCUUCCACCUGCCCAGUAACAUUUGAAAAUGUCAAGGUUCCAGAAGCCAAUGUCCUGGGCCAAGUUGGACUUGGCUAUAAGUAUGCCAUGAGUGGCCUGAAUAUAGGUAGAAUAGGAAUUGCUGCACAGAUGCUGGGACUGGCUCAAGGAUGUUUUGACUACACUAUUCCAUAUCUUAAAGAAAGGAUACAAUUUGGCAAAAGAUUAUUCGAUUUUCAGGGAAUCCAACACCAAGUGGCUCAGGUGGCCACCCAGCUGGAAGCUAUACGGUUGCUGACAUACAACGCUGCUAGGCUUUCAGAAGCCGGCAGGCCAUGCGUAAAAGAAGCAUCGAUGGCCAAAUACUACGCAUCAGAGGUUGCAGGACUAACAACUAGUAAGUGUGUCGAGUGGAUGGGAGGCGUGGGCUACACCAAAGAUUACCCUGUGGAAAAAUACUUCCGAGAUGCAAAGAUUGGUACAAUAUAUGAAGGAGCUUCAAAUAUCCAGCUGAACAUCAUUGCAAAGCACAUCGGUAAGGAAUACUGACACCUACAGGAGUGGGGCCCCUCCCUGAUGUCACGGAUGUAAACUUUCAAACUUGUGCCUUGGGAGGCAGUUAAACACUACCGCACUGAAGGAACUUAAGUCCUUAGUCCUGGAUCUUGGGGUAGACCUUUUGUAUUUUAUCUUUCCAGUCUGCUCAACUUGGGCACAGGAAAUCAUUUUUAGAAUUUGAGAAGAAAUGCAUCCAUAUUUUCUCAAACUGUUUUUUUAAAGUUCUAUAGAUAUUAUUCUAUCUUCAGGGUAUAUAGAAGUUUCAUUCUAUCAGAAUUUGGAAAAACAGACAUACUAACAGACAUGGCUAGUAUACAUUCCUAUUAAAUUGUUAUUUUGUGGCAUCAGAGAAACAUUUGUUAUAGUUGGCAAUCCUUUAGGAUAGAUGGAUUCAAUUCUAAGUUGCUAAACUAGGUACAAACUGAAAACAUUUAUUUUAAAAAAUCGAAAAGUUUUAGUUCUAAGUACCUGAGAAUGGGUGGGAAAUAAGGGUGUAACUCUGCAGGGCAUGUAACGGAAGAAAACCUCACUUUAACAAACUACAGCAAUAGAAUUUGCUAUGAUAAUUAGCCUGUAUAAAGGAUGCAUUUUGUGAUGGUUUCACCAGAUUUUUGUUUUUGAUUCUAAUAUGAUUUUAUUUUUUUAUUAAAUGUAUUGGGAUGUCAUUGGUUAUAUAGGAUUCAAAUGGACAAUUCUGUAUUGCAUUGUGUGUUCAUCAGCCAAAGUCAAAUCUCCUUCCAUCACCAUAUACUUGACCCCCUUUACCCUUUUCU